AUCAAACUGAAAAGAAAAAAGAUGGCGCCUGUUGCACAAAAGAGAGCAUGGAAGAACGAGGCGGGCGAGCGACGGCCGAAGAAGAAGGUCAAGCGUGUGAAGAAGCAGGACGACUACUACAGCAGCGAUGAGGACGAAGAGAAUACAGCCAACGGAGCAGUGCAGCAAGCGUCAGAUGCGCCCAAGAAUAUGCCCAAGCGAGUCGCAAAGGUGGAAGAAGUGGAGAUUACGGGCGGUAAUUCACUGCCUCUGGGCGAGCGAGUGCCUGGGAAGAACACAACAUCGAGGAGAGAGUCCAAAAGUGUGCCACGACCGAAGCCCAUUCUGAAGAAAGCUGCGCCAGUGCAGAUAUCAAAAGCCACGGCACAGCCUCAGGUAGAGAGCGAAAGCGGUGACGAUGAAGGAAUCCAAGUGGACGACCUCGAAACCAACACGGCUCUCAACAUGAACGUGGAUGAAAGCUCCGCAGACGACGACGACGACGACGAUCUCGAUGAUCUCGACGAAAACGACGAGCCAGAUCUCGAAGCCACCUCUUCCGGCGAAGAAGACGAUUCCGAAUCAGAAGGAGGUGACGACGGAACCUCCCAAACCUCCUCCUCUCACACGCUCUCGCAAAGAAAAAAGCGCAACGACCCCACCGCCUUCGCAACGAGCAUUUCCAAAAUCCUCGAAACCAAACUCUCCACAUCCAAACGCUCCGACCCCGUCCUCUCACGCUCCAAAUCCGCCCUGGAAGCCUCCCAGACCCUCGCCGACGCCAAACUCGAAGCGAAAGCGCGCGCGCAAAUCCGCGCCGAAAAACGCGCUGCGGCAGAAAAGGGGCGCGUGAAGGACGUUCUCGGCUUGCAAACCCCAGAUGUGGAUACGGGGGCGAUGGUGGAGGAAGAGCGACGGUUGAAGAAGAUUGCGCAGAGGGGUGUGGUAUUUAUGUUUAAUGCGGUGCGGAAAGCACAAGUCAGUGCGGAGGAGGAGAGGAAGAAAGUGGUCGGGGAAGGGGUGGUGGGGAUGCAGAAGAGGGAGGAGAGGGUGAAUGAUAUGAGUAAACAAGGGUUUUUGGAACUGAUUAGUUCGGGAGGGAAGCAGAAGCAGCAGCAGCAGCAGGUUGUGGAGGCUUCUUGAUGAGAGCCCGUUUUUGUAGAUGCUGAUGAUGAGAGGGCCAUCGAUAAGGAGGUAGCAUCACCACUAUCAAGAUUUCCU